AUGCCCAAGGACGCACAGCGCUGGGCCCCCUCGUCCAGGCCGCCCGCCGUCCUUCCGUCACCACAGGCUGAGUCCAGCGACAGGGCGUCCACGCCCGCAGCCCGCCCCGAGCCCUACCUGUCCGCCUCCGCAGCAAGUGCAGCCCACGGCCCGCCCUGCUCCCAGCUCGGCCACGCUGCCCUCCGCCCUGCUCCCGGCCUGGCUCCUCCCUGCGAGCUGCGGCUGGCCAUCUUCUGCGUGAGGCGGCCCGACGCGCCUCCUUCAGCGAGCCGGGUUUCCUGGGGCCUGGCCCUCGGGGACCCUCCUCCCCAGGCAGCCUUCCCCGAUCCUGCGGGGGCCUCUCGCUGUCGUGGCCCCCUGGUGCUCGCCCGCUGGGUCUGGGAGGACCCAGGUUCCCAUUCUGGCGCCCACCGGAGUGAGCAGGGGCGGCCCCCCAGGCCCCGGGCGAUGGCCCCCAUGGGGAGGAAGGUGCGGGUGGAGCCGGGGGCCAAGCUGCAGGCAGCGCUGGAGCUGGUGCGGAGGGAGAUGCAGGAGGCCCUGGCGCAGGAGGCCGACGUGGGCAAGAAGACCAUCAUCUGGAAGGAGAAGGUGGAAAUGCAGCGGCAGCGCUUCCGCCUGGAGUUCGAGAAGUACCGCGGCUUCCUGGCCCACGAGGAGCGCCUGCAGCUGCGGCGCCUGGAGGAGGAGGAGCGCGCCACGCUGCGGCGGCUGCGGGACUGCAAGGGCCGGCUGGGCCAGCAGGCCAGGGCGCUGCGGGAGCUGGCCGAGGAGCUGGAGGAGAGGAGCCGGCGCCCUGCCUUGGGCCUGCUGGAGGGGCUGAGAGGCGCCUUGAACCGGAGCAAGGCCAUCACCCGGCCGGAGCCCGAGCCCGAGCCCAUCCCCAUGGAGCUGAGGACGCUGUGCCGCAUCCCAGGGAUGCGCCAGAUGCUGCGCAGGUUCCAAGUGGACAUCAAGCUGGACCCCGCCACGGCGCACCCGAGCCUCCUGCUGGCCGCUGAUCUGCGCAGCGUCCAGGAUGGGGAGCUCUGGGGGGAUGUCCCCAACAACCCCGAGCGCUUCGACACGUGGCCCUGCGUCCUGGGCCUGCAGAGCUUCUCCUCGGGGCGGCACUACUGGGAGGUGGUGGUGGGCGAAAGGGCAGAGUGGGGCUUGGGGGUCUGCCAGGACACCAUGCCAAGAAAGGGGGAAACCACGCCGUCCCCUGAGAACGGCGUCUGGGCCAUGUGGCUGCUGAAGGGGAACGAGUACAUGGUCCUGGCCGCCCCGUCGGUGCCCCUCCUCCACCCGGACCGGCCGCGCCGCGUGGGCAUCUUCCUGGACUACGAGGCGGGCGAGGUCUCCUUCUACAACGUCUCCGACGGCUCCUACAUCUACACCUUCAGCCAGCUGCUCUCUGGCCUUCUGCGCCCCUACUUCUUCAUCUGCGACACAUGUCCUCUCGUGGUGCCCCCGAUGACUGCUGUAGACUCAGAAAGCUGGGCAUCCGGGCCCCCUCUGGACCCUGCCGGUCCUCUGAGGGACGAGCUUCCCUAAAAUCCCAGCUCAUAGGAUUCUAAACCCAGCCAAAGCCCCAAGCGUGCUGGGGCCACGCGCAGGCGCUCCGAGCGCCGCCGUCAGGGGGAGAACCCUACACAGCGGCGGAACAUUCCAGAACACACGGACUAUGUUGGGAGGUGCUGAGGACAGACUGUGCUAGCAAGGAAGCCCCUUGUCAUCAGACCCAGGAGGUUCCCUGCUUUCUGCGCUUCUUUCUCCAUGGAGUGGACCAGGCGCUCCUGAGGUCGCCUCUUGGCCCCACAGCCUGCAUUCCGGCCAUCCGGCAGGAAGGUCCUCAUGGCCACGCAGGCCAGGCUGGCUUCUGCAUCCUGGGGUCCGUCCUGCCCCGCUCACAUUCCCUCUGGGCGCUCUGUUCCCUCCACCACCUUCCACCUCUGUCCAGGAUCCCAGAGCGCGGCAGGCUGCGCUGGAGGCUGCAGGGCAAUGCCGGAGCUCAAGCACCCUUCCAUCGCCAACAUAAACAUAUAUUAAACGUGAAGCAAGGAGUUUAUCACGUUACCUCUUAAAUGAACAAAACCUAUCUACACCAUGCACCUCUGGCGCCCCGACUUCCUAAAGAAGGUUGUUCUUUACAAGCCCAAAAUGCUGAGUAAUAUGUUAAUUUAUUGUUCCACAUCUCCCUCAGCACAGGAUGCCUGUGGUGUGUAACGUCAGCACCAUGGCGGGGUCAGCAGAUGCCAGGGCAAAGAGCAGCAGGAGACCCGCGGGCUGACGCUGC